AUGAUGUCCAUGCGAGCUAUCGCGCGCUCCGCGCCCCGCGGCUUGACUCGCCUGAGCUCCGCUGCCCUCCGCCAAACUUCCACAGCCGCCCGCACCAGCUCGCAGCUCCGGGCCGCCGCCUGGGCGCCCCUCCGCUCGUCACAGUUCGCCUCGGCCUUCUCGACGUCGCAGUUCCGGAGGGCCCCCGCCGGCGAGGUCGACGAGGAGCUGUCCCUCAAGAUCGACAGCGAGCUGCAGUACGAGAACGAGCUCAAGGAGAGCGAGCCCACCCCGGCCAGCGUCAAGGACUUCCUCGAGAACAGCCCCUUUGAGCUGAUCGACACCCCCGGAAAGGAGGAUGUCAUCCUGAAGCGCAAGUUCGGCAACGAGACCAUCACCGUCUCCUUCUCCAUCUCCGACCUGACCAACUACGAGCCGGACGCCUUUGACGAGGACGCGGCCCUGUCGGACGAGGCCUACGAGAGCGGCUCGGAGCAGCAGCGGGCCGCCGAGGAGGACGCGCUGGACGCUGAGGAGGCCGAGGGCGAGGGCGAGGGCGCGCCGCCGACGCGCCUCAACAUCGUCAUCGAGAAGGACGGCAAGGGCGCGCUCAACGUCGAGGCCAUCGCGCAGGAGGGCCAGAUCAUGGUGGAGAACUUCUACUACUACCAGGACGCGCAGCUGGCCCACAGCAGCUCGGCCGACGUCGUCCACCAGGCCCAGGACACCUUCCCCGGCCCGCCCUUCGGCACCCUCGACGAGGACCUGCAGAUCCUCAUGGAGCGCUACCUCGAGGAGCGCGGCAUCACCCAGGCCCUGGCCGUCUUCGUCCCGGACUACAUGGACCUCAAGGAGCAGAGGGAGUACCAGGCCUGGUUGAAGAACGUCAAGACCUUCCUCGACGCCUAA